AUGAUUUCGAUGGAGUUAGCGUCAGAUUAUCGAGAUAAAGACAUUCGUAAGUUGUCUUUGUUAAAACUGUGGAGAAGAUUCAGUAAGAUGAGCUUUUGCAACAUCAAUUCAAAUUAGUACACUGAAAAAACAGUGAAAUCAAGCAUACCAUAAUAUAAUUUGCAGGUAUGCACAACGUCUUACGGGAUGCCACUCAACCUGAUCAUCGCGAUGAAGCGCACCGGAGAAUUCACGAGAAUAAGGUAUGAUUUAUAUUGCUUUGUAAAAAGAAGCAAUCCGAAUGCAUUGCUUGAAAAUUCCAGGCUUCGUUCACAUUGCAAGAUUCCCGUCGGCAACCAAAACCGAUUUCGAGAAUAACGUGCUGCUCUUGGCUUUGUUGACGUCGUCGGACGGCGCCGUGUUUCAAAGACUAUCUAGGUAAUCUUUCGGUUCGCGGUAAGAAAGGCGCAUCUCUUUCCUUGCGUGCAUGUCACUUUACCCGGGCUAUAUGCACAAACAGUUUUCGGUGUGUAAUCUCAUUAUCUGCGGGCUCAGUUUGUUGAAAAACGAAAGGGCCGGCCACAUUUCCAGGGAAAAGGAACUGAAUACUACUUUGGCGCUGAAAAACUCCAACCCAUCACGAACAGAGCGCGAUAUGAAGUAGCCUAUUCGACUGCGACUCAUUUUUCAGACCCGAAGUGAAACGAGUACUGAUGAGAAUGGAACUGAUCGACAGACAUGCUCUACAAGACUGGAGGUUCUAA